UCGGGCGCGUCAAUAGCUUGGCUGGAAAUUCCGACUCGCCAUUCGCAUAGAGCACUUCUAGCAAGACGUUUCGCCUGUGUAACCUACACAACCCCUAGUCUCUCAAAUGUAUCAAGGCAUUUGUAAGCAGCAUACAAUUCGCAAGUGCGUUCCCUCUCUUCCGUUUCUUUCGCUAGAGACGGCGCAGUCGCCAACCUUCAGUGCAAACGCAGGAGGAUCGAGCAAAAGGCCGAAGAGUUCUCGGGCACCUCCAGACGCUUCAGACGCGUAACGACUCGCCAGUAGCUAGCAGCGUACAGACACAAGCGACCAUGAGCACAUCAGGCCGUCCUAGCGGCGUGGGGCGAGGCUCCUUCUCCGCUGGCCGCAGCUCCGAAGUCGAGCGCAUCAUCGCCGCCGCCGACGUCGACACGACCUUUGCCGGCAAGAAGGCGCGCUACCGUGGCCGUCGUUCGACGUGGCCUGGAGCGUUAGCACUGUUCCUUAUCGCAGUCGUGUCCAUCGCAGGCCUAACGUACUAUGGAAUCAAAGUACACGACGAUGUGAACGAGACCGUGGCCAGUAGUGAGGCCUCCGAAGAAUCCAGGUACAGCGACGGCACGCAGAUCGAGGAUGGCAGCCCCACAGACCCGGCGUCAGAUCUGUCCACCACGAACCCAAAGACGUACACGGACAGGGGAUGUGAACAGCCCAACUACAUUAGUAAGAAUGGUCGUAUCUUCGCGCAGCUGGCGGAUGGCACGUCCACGCAGAUCGACAUUAAGGGCAUCAACUGGAAGGGUAUGGAGGACUCGAAGGGUGUACCCAAAGGUCUGUGGGACAACACGGUGGACGGAGAUUCACUCUACCGCUACGGCUACUUCCUCAAGUACAACAAAUUCAACGUCGUGCGUUUCCCACUGUCCAUUGACGCCGUCAUGCGUAACACGGACAUCGACACGAACCUCAUCAACACCAACUCGAACCGUGCGCUGGGCACGGCCUCGCGUUACAACACACUGCUGGGUCUGUUGGUGCAAGGUUUGGGCCAGUUUAACAUCGGUGUGGUGCUGGACUUCCACGUGCUCUCUUCGUCCGACGACGACAGUUCCGGUCUCUGGUAUGGCUCGUCUAUUAAGCUGGCCGAUAUCAAGACAGCCAUCACGAAUCUGGCUGAAGCCAUGUGUGACUCCACGCACUUUAACAUCAUCGGUAUUGACCUCAAGGACGGCCUCAGUACCGACGCGACGUGGGGCGAUGGAUCCGAUACAGACUGGUCGGUAGCAGCAACGGAACUAGCCAACCACAUGCUUACCAAGUGUCCGAAGUGGCUGGCGUUCGUCCAAGGAGUGCAGGGAGAGAGCCACAAGGACACGUACGGUGAUCGUUCCCUUAAAAACACCUUCCUGCCUGGCUCAGACCUGUCGGGUGUCAGUUCAGCACCCAUUACACUGGACACGGACAACAAGGUGGUGUACGCACCCAAGUACUACUCGAGCUCGUAUCUCCCGCGUCUUUUCUUCUUCGAGGAUGGCCAGACCAGUGGUGAUCUGCUGGAAGAUUACGUCGAGUACGAUGACGCGGACUUGCUGGCCAACGUGAAGCUGAACAUGAACUACUCGUUCGGAGCAGCUUUCGAUACCGGUAUGGCCGUGGUAUUGUCGUCUUUCGGUGGUCUCGUGGGCGAUCUCGACGCCACGGAGAAGCAAACCAGCACGCGUAUUAUCCAGGACGUUAUCUCUCAAAUGGCAGGAUCAACGGAGCCGUUCCUCGCCGGUGGCUUCUGGUGGACGCUGAACCCGGACACGACGUGGCCAUACCCGGCUCCUGACGACUCGAACGCCACCGCGCAAGGUCUGGUGGACGAUACGUGGCGUGUGGCCAACAUGGAUGUGCUGGAAGUGCUGGCUUCUAUGAACAAGACCAUGAACAGCGUAAAGUUCAUCCCGUGCUCUGCAUAGGUGAGAUCCAGACACGCCAAGAUUACUUCGUUUUGGCGCUUUCAUUACUUGCAUUUGUUGUUUUUACUAUUUUUUUCUUCUGGGAAACGGUAAGAUAUUUUAGUACACGCUUCCAUUUCUUCGUCCAAAUGUAGUCAUUUAUUACGGUAGUUUACCGACUCUACUUCCGCA